AUGUCUUCCACCAAGAAGCACUCCCGCAGCGAGGGCGAGGAGAAGGAUGCCCGUCUCGCCAAGAAGGUCAAGACCACCGACGAGACCCCCGUCGACGGCGAGGUGAAGAAGGAAAAGAAGGAUAAGAAGGACAAGAAGGAGAAGAAGGACAAGAAGUCCAAGAAGGAGAAGAAGGAGGAGUCCGAAACACCAGCCACCGAGUCCACCGAGGAUGUCUCCAUGCCCGAUGCCGCUGCCGAGCCCGAGUCAACCAGCGCUUCCAAAACAACCACCAAUGGCACCUCCACUCCCGCCGCCGCUGCCUCUCCUAACGGCGUCUACACCUACAAGCAGGUCGACGCCCUCAGCGCUCUCCCCGAGUCCGAGAUCGAGACCUUCCUCAAGGAGAAGGAGAUUGUCAUCAAGGACCCCUCCUCCAGCAACCUCCGCCCCAUCAUGAACUUCAAGCAGCUUCCUCACUCCAACCUCCUCUCCAAGAACCCCUUCGCCGCCUAUACGACCCCGACUCCCAUCCAGGCCGCUUCCUGGCCCUUCUCGCUGUCCGGCCGCGACGUCAUUGGCAUCGCCGAGACCGGUUCCGGCAAGACCAUGGCCUUCUCCCUGCCCUGCGUCGAGUCCCUGGCCUCGCGCCCCAAGCCCAAGUUCAACAGCCGCGACCGCACCGCCCACCCCCGCGCCGUCAUCGUCUCGCCCACCCGCGAACUCGCCAUGCAGACCCACGCCGCCCUCUCCGGACUUGCCUCCCUGGUCGGUCUCUCGGCCGUGUGCAUCUUUGGUGGUUCCGACAAGAACGAGCAGCGCAACCUACUGUACAAGAACAACGGCGUCGACAUCAUCACCGCCACCCCCGGUCGUCUCAAGGAUUUCCUGAGCGAGGGCUCCAUCUCGCUCGCCAACGUCAGCUUCGCCGUCCUCGACGAGGCCGAUCGCAUGCUCGACCGCGGUUUCUCCGAGGACAUCAAGAUGAUCCUAUCCGAGUGCCCGCCCAGGGAGAAGCGCCAGACGCUCAUGUUCACCGCCACCUGGCCGCUGGACAUCCAGAAGCUCGCCGAGAGCUACAUGAUCAACCCGGCGCAGGUGACCAUCGGCCACCGGACGCGCGCUGGCGGCGACGGUGAGGGCAACGGCAACAUUGAGUUGCAGGCCAAUAGCCGCAUCGAGCAGAAGGUCGAGGUCGUCGAUCCCCGCGGCAAGGAGUUCCGCCUGUACGAGAUCCUCAAGGAGGCGCAGAAGGGCAGCCAGAAGGAUGACAGGAUAUUGGUGUUUUGCUUGUACAAGAAGGAGGCCGUUCGUGUUGAGCAGUUCCUGACCCGCAAGGGCAUGAAGGUUGCUAGCAUUCACGGUGACCUCAGGCAGGAUCAGCGCACCCGCAGUUUGGAGGCGUUCAAGUCGGGAUCUACUUCCGUUUUGGUCGCUACGGAUGUCGCUGCUCGUGGCUUGGAUAUUCCUGAGGUUAAGCUUGUUGUUAACGUUACUUUCCCCUUGACCAUCGAGGACUACGUUCACCGUAUCGGUCGUACCGGCCGUGCCGGCAAGUUGGGCAAGGCCAUCACUCUUUUCACCGAGCACGACAAGGCCCACUCUGGAUCCCUCGUCAACAUCCUCAGAGCCGCCAAGCAGCCCGUUCCCGAGGAACUUCUCAAGUUCGGCACCACCGUCAAGAAGAAGGCCCACGACGCCUAUGGCUCUUUCUACAAGGACAUUGAUCCUAACAAGAAGGCCACCAAGAUUACUUUCGAUUAA